AUGGCUCAAUCGCUGCUGGCUCUCGUGGGGAUGCUGUCAAUUGUUUCAGCUAUAGACCUAAACCUCGAUGAUCACGAAUCUAUCAAACUAGCCGCCAAAAUCGCCGCAACCGGAAUGACCUCUUUCUACACAGGGCACCAUCCGGGCGGGAUCCCAGGCACCCUGCCGCUCCCAUACUACUGGUGGGAAGCCGGUGCAAUGUUUGGCGCAUUGAUCGAUUACUGGUUCUACACUGGAGAUGACACCUGGAACGAGAUGACGACCACUGCACUGCUGCACCAGGCCAGCUCCACGAAGAACUUCAUGCCUCUCAACCAAACAAGCACACUAGGGAACGACGAUCAGGCUUUUUGGGGGCUAGCAGCAUUGGCCGCCGCCGAACGCAAUUUUCCCAAUCCGCCCGCCCACGAGCCACAAUGGCUAGCGUUGGCUCAAGGCGUGUUCAACUCUCAGGCUGCUCGAUGGAAUACGGCGACCUGCGGUGGCGGGCUCAACUGGCAGAUAUUUCAGUUUAACCGCGGAUUUAACUACAAAAACUCCAUUUCGAAUGGCUGCUUUUUCAACAUCGCUGCCAGAUUAGCGCGAUACACGGGAAACGACACAUAUGCAGAAUGGGCAGUCCGAACGUGGGAUUGGACCAAGGGAGUCGGGUUGCUAACCGAUGAUUAUCAGUUUUUCGAUGGGUCAGAUGAAAAGCUGAAUUGCAGCGAGGUGAACCGCAUCCAGUGGACAUACAACGCAGGUGUGUACCUCCUCGGGGCAGCAAGCAUGUACAACUAUACCGACGGUGAACAAAUCUGGCGCGAGCGCGUCCAAGGGAUGAUUGACGGUCUUCGCCCUUUCUUCCCCGAACAGGCAGAUAUCAUGGUUGAGUAUUCAUGCGAACCUCAUGAUAACUGCCUCACUGAUCAGCGGUCAUUCAAAGCCUUUCUCUCACGGUGGAUGGCGGAAACGACGCAACUUGCCCCGUUCACUAGAGAGCUCAUUAUGCCCAAGCUUCGCGCGUCUGCUAUGGCUGCCGCGAAGGCAUGCACCGGCGGUAAUGACGGGAAAUCAUGCGGUCUGAAGUGGUCGACGGGUGGAUUCGAUGGCAGCGUUGGCAUCGGCGAGCAGAUGGCGGCAUUGGAGGUUAUCCAGUCGAAUCUAAUCGGUAGCGUGGAUCCUCCUGUUACAGAGAAGGACGGUGGAACGAGCAAGGGAAACCCGGGUGCGGGCGUGUCUACGGGUAAUGCCAUAGGAAUGCAACGGGGGAUAAAGACGGCAGACAAGGCGGGAGCGUGGAUAACCACGAUGAUCUUGAUUGCGGUAAUCCUAGGUGGAUUCUAUUUUUCGGUUUCCUAGUCGCGAUAGAGCACAU